AUGGCUGAUCAAGGCUCCAAUUUAGGUCGACACACUGGAGGCAAGACUUCGAAUUUAACAACUGGCUCAUACGAUACUGAGGACGAUUAUGCAGACUUUUUGAGUCCCCGGGACGUUGAGCGAUCCACUUCUGAUGAAUCUGAUGAGAGCAUGAACACUUUUCAAUACCCUUCCGAUAGCAGUGGUGAUUCAGCCGAUGAAGGAAACAGGGAGGAUCACAUGAGCCUGGAUGAUAAUGACCAUCAUGGUGGUGAUAAUCACGAUGAACAGGACCACGACUCGCUUGUAUCAUCUCUUUGUGCGCGUAUUACCAAGUUAUUGCAAGCCAUGAAGAUUUCAAAGGAUCGUUAA